CUGACAACGUUCAUAAUUCUACUGCUAAGAGCAACAGCACGCUGCUGGUUCUAAAGUCAACAAAUGUGGAGUUUUCUUUAAGACGCUCUCAGUGCCACCACCAGGCAGCAGACACUGCCUGACUGUGGAGUUCCCCAGUGGCAGCUCCCAGUGCAUGUCCUUAUGAGUAGAUAUCAUGAGUUCAGUCAAUAACAGUAUCACAGUCUACCUGGUGUCUCAGCCUCCGAUCAUCGUAGCUGGAAUCUUCUCAAGCAGACCAACAUCCACAAUAUGUCCUAACUGCCGCCAGCACAUCACCACACAGGUCACCUACAGGUUGGGCAAACUGUCCUACCUCCUGUGCACCAGCCUGUGCAUGGUUGGGUGCUGCUUUGGAUGUUGCUUUGUACCUCUCUUUGUGAGGAUCUUCAAGGACGCAGACCAUUACUGCCCGUACUGCCAAUUUCAUAUUUACAGAUACAAAAGACUAUAG